AGAUACGGACGAAAAACCGAACAAAACUAAAAAAACAGUAGUGAGAGAGAAAGUUAGCGUUUUCCAUAAUUUCUCAUUUUUGAACCUUCCGCAUCCGCCCGAAGAUCUUCCGACCACCGUCUCCGAUCGAUUGUCCGACCUCAGGCUUCACCGUCAGAUCGCUUCUUUCAAAUCCUAUCUCGCUGGAAAACAAUGGCAUGGAGAGGACAACUUUCGAAGAACAUAAAAGAGCUUCGACUUUUGAUGUGCCAGUCAUCUCCUGCAAGCUCAUCUGCAAGGGCAUUUGUUGAAAAGAAUUAUAAGGAACUAAAGACAUUGAACCCAAAACUGCCCAUAUUGAUCCGUGAAUGCAGUGGAGUUGAACCCCAAUUAUGGGCAAGAUAUGAUUUGGGUGUUGAGAAAGGCAUUAAGCUGGAAGGCAUGACAGAGCCACAGAUUUUGAAAGCACUUGAAGAUCUGGUAAAAGCAGGACAAUCUUUGAAAGCUUGAUAUUACUGCUUAGUCACUUUCUGAGAUGGAAUAAAUUUUAUGUUGCACUUAUUAUUACAACGUGUCUCUAAAGUCAUUUUAAGAAUAAAUCUGUUGAGUCUAUAUUUAAGACUGGAUUAUGCAUUUUGAGUACAUUUAUCGCAGAUUAAAUAUAUUUUAUUUGAUUCAUCAAGCAGGCAUAAGCUCUUGAUGCUAUUUCAAAUGGCCCAUA